CGAUAAUGUUGUAAGUCAUUUAGUGCUGCAGCUCUAUCGAUGUUUAUGAACUGAAGGAAAAUCUAACAAAAAUGGCCUAUUGGAAGUUUUUGUGUAUUGUCGUAGAUUUUGCUGUUCUGGCCAGCAUAUGCAGCGCUGGAACAUUACAGAAAGGGAAAAUACAGCUAUCCAGCUCUCAUCAAAACAAGAUACAAUGUCGUUCAGUAACCUUCCCAACAACCUUCAAUGGUUCGGGCGUUGUCCAUGUCAUAGUAUCGUUAAACUAUGGCGAAAAGUUCUCGAGGGUUCAUGACUCUGCUGUAGCUUGGACUGAAAAUAUCUCCCCUACAGGGUUUGAUGUUUGCAUUGUCGUGUCUGGAGAUGGCGCUAAUGGGAAUUCAGUGGUGAACUGGAUGGCUUUUCAAAACCCACAAUCAAACAUGGUAUCUGGCAGGGCCGCAGUUGGUUUGUUUACAAGUGAUACGAAGUGUACAAGAGUGAACUUUCCAUCUUCAUUUGGUACACGCCCCAAGAUUCUGUCAACUGUCACUCAUUCGGUUACUAGGCGACCACAAGAUGCUAUGGUCGUGUGGUUGGAAGAAGUGAGCCUUCAUUAUUUUAGGAUUUGUCUUCGAGAAGUAAAAAUGUUUGAUGGGAAACAUGAAAAUAUUGAAGUGGACUGGGUAGCCUUUGAAGAUAAUGGUAACAGCUUUACUGAAAGCAAUCAAACGACCUUUUCGAAUCCUGGGGUUCCUUUGACAAGCGAUAAUUUUGCACAUUGCAAGGAACUGAAUUUUUCUGCGUCGUUCUACCUUCCUCCUGUUAUCUUGGUAACUGCAGCUCACGAAUACGAUUCAAACAAUCCUUACUCCAUCAAAGCAGAGAACAAUGCGAUAAACAGCUGGGUCGAGGAAAUUACGAACAAAACGUUUCGUGUUUGCGUGAAAGAUUUACCAGGUUUGAGUUCUGCACACGACCCAAUAGACGUGAACUACGCAGUGAUCGGAGAUCUAGACCCCUGCAUUGGCAAGUCAUGUGACUACUUUGCGGUAUGCAAAGCCUUUGGCCCAACGGAUGCACGUUGUGUAUGUGUCGACACUUGUCCCUCUUACAAUGAACCUGUCUGCUCCUCAAACGGAACCACCUACGAAAAUGAAUGCGUAUUCCAGCGAGAGAUGUGUAAUCGUAGAGAAAAUUUUACAAACUAUCACCCUGGAAGCUGCAAUGGUUUCCCAUCCCAAAAAGGCCGUCACCACCUUAAGAAGCCGCAUUCCUGGUCAGAGGUCGUUUGCGAGCCAAUUCAAUUCGAGCCUUACGUGUUUUACCCAGAAAGACCCAUUCAAGUGUUGAUCUCAGUAAACCAUAUCGACAGCUCCAAUCCCAUUUUAGUCCAUGAUGCAACGGUGUCGUGGGUAGAAGAGGUUACGAACUCCAGCUUUGCAGUCUGCGUGACCUUAAGUGGUAGAAACAAGAUUAACUCCAGAGACUUUGCUACAGUUGACUGGCUGGCCUACCAAGGUGCUCCUGCUGGUGGAGUGGCUGGAGAAAUAGAUUUCAACCGUUGGUGGACUGGAACAGCUUGUAAAACUGUCAAUUUACCUUUGGGGAAAUUCAACACUGCUCCGAUCAUUCUUGUAACUGCUGAGCACGAGAGAAGGCAAGUCAGGCAAGACGCAGCUAACAUCUGGGUCGAAGAUGUAACGAGAUCCUCGUUCAAAGUUUGCCUAAGAGAACUACAGAGUUUUGAUGGAGCACAUGAGAGUAUACAUGCGAACUGGAUGGCGUUCAACAGCAUACAAAGACCUCUCUUUGGAGAACACGGUUCCAUUAAUUUUCCAAACACUGGAAUGUUAUUACGGAAGUUUAAUUAUGCCUUCUGUAAGGAUAUUCAAUUUGAGCUUCCAUAUAACAAGACACCUAUAGUCCUAGUGACGGCAAAUCAUUCUACCGCAGGAGGAAAUCUUAAUCCUGUGCACAAUUCUAUGACACAAUGGGUUGAACAAAUCAACAAGACUGGAUUUCGUGCCUGCGUAAAGGAGUUAUAUGUCAACAAACAUGACCCACUUUCUGUUUCCUAUGCUGUCUUGCCUGAUGUAUGCGAGGAUGGCUGGAGCUACUUCAAUGGUUCCUGUUUCUAUACCAGUUCACAAUGUGACUCUUGGACAAAUGCAGAGCGGCGCUGUCGAGCCAUGGGCACAUCUAUAGCUUCAAUUGACACCCAAGAAGAAAAUGUCUUUGUUCAGCAACGACACAACGGUGCAAAAGCCUGGAUUGGAUUGAAUGACAUCGCCAGUGAGGGGACCUUCGCAUGGAUCGAUGGUUCUCUCAGUAAAUUCACUUACUGGCAAAAAAGUCAACCGAACAAUCUGGCUCCGGGUCAGGACUGCGUUCACACCCUUGGUGUGAACUUCAACUACAGAUGGAACGACGUUGAUUGUAACGCUUGUCACCAAUACACCUGCGAGAAAGAAUAUGAUGACUGUUGGAGUCAGCCUUGUAUGAAUGGAGGCAUUUGUGUUGAUGAACACGUCGGUUAUUCUUGUGUUUGUCCUGCAACACAUCUGGGCAAACAUUGUGAAGAAUUCAAUGAGUGUUCCUCAAGCCCCUGUCAGAAUGGUGGAACUUGCAUCGAUGGUAAAAUGAACUACACAUGUUCGUGUCCGACACACUACAGUGGAGCACAGUGUGACAACUACGAUGAUUGCCAGAGUCAUCAUUGCUUGAAUGGAGGAACGUGUGUAGAUGGUGUCAAUAACUACACAUGUAUAUGCCCUAGUACACACUACGGUAACAGAUGUGAAGCCCCAUCAAGAGCUUCAUGUUUAUCAUUGAAAAACAGCGGGAUUUCUUCAUCUGGAAUUUAUCGGCUUACCCCACAAGGGACAUCUUUUCAGGCAUAUUGUGAUAUGAGUGCUAACUCAGGUGGAUGGACUCUGAUCGCCCGAUUCUCUAACGCUGACACAAAUAACUGGAUGAGAGACGAUGGCUCCUGGUGGUAUGACGUCAUGACAGGUCAAGGAAGCCCCACAAGUGCAACAGACAAUCAAGACAUGAUAUCCCCUGCCUUCUGGUCAAUCAUCGGUACCGAGAUCAAGAUUACACGAUCUGACGAUUCUUCGCACACUGCACUACUGCAAACUACGUCCAACUGUUUGGGAUCCCGUACCUUUCGCUCUAAGAUGUCCAGUUAUGGUACCUUUAAAUACAGGAACCAAUGGUCAGAUGAUCGUUGUCUUGGAAACUGUCCCGUGUCUUACGGUGGACAGUAUCAAUCCACUGAUUCUUUUUCCAUGGCUAAUUGUAAUGGCAAUAUUCAAAACAGUAGUUACAUAGGGUUCUGGUGUAACUGGGAAACGGGUGAUGGGGCGGUGAUGAUGAUUGGCGGAGGAGGAAGUGCAUGUAAUCGAGCUGACCACGGUAUUGGCAUUACUGAGAAUGAUUACGGUGCGUUUGAAGACGGGUUAAACGGUGGUGAAUAUGAUUUUGGUAAUCAAGCUUCUUCUGCCCCGACUUCAUUAUAUUCUUUGAAUCUUUGGAUAAGAUAAGGUGUAAAGAUCCGAUUAUGAUUAUAACCAAACAACUAUUAGAACUCUGCUAUCGCGAAUGGAAAAGUAAGCAAUUUAUUGCAAAUGCAGAUAAAAGUAAGUGUAGUUGCUUAUAAUGUAAAGGUUUCGACAAAUGCUUCGUAUAGCUAAAUUGAAGGUACAUUAGUAUUGCCAUUUUAAAGCGUACUGUAAUGCAUUUCAGUCUAGUACACUUCAAAUAAAGAUAAUCUGACUAUACUGA